UGAUUGGUGAACGUGGGAGCAUCAACUCAGUCAAAGAGAGAAUUACUACAAUUGCAUAAAUUGCCUCUGAAUGGUUCCCUCUCCGCAUAGACCCGACAAAUCAAAAGGUCUUUAGCGCAAUGGCUGACGAUGAGGCUUCAAGUGGUCUGAGCUAUGCCAGUGCCGGAGUGUCAAUCGAUGCUGGCAAUCAUUUGGUGGACCUCAUCAAGCCUUUGGCGAAGGCCACGGCACGCUCCGGGUGCGAUGCUGCCCUGGGUGGCUUCGGAGGGUUGUUUGAUCUGAAGGCAGCCGGCUACCGCGACCCAGUGUUAGUGAUGGGAACAGAUGGUGUGGGAACUAAACUCAAGAUUGCGCAGACAUGUGGCCAUCAUGACACGGUCGGGCAGGAUCUAGUUGCUAUGUGCGUCAACGAUAUCCUGGCGCACGGUGCAGAGCCACUGGCCUAUCUGGACUACUUUGCGUGCGGCAAGCUGGAAGUGGAGACGGCCAGGCAGGUGGUUGCCGGCAUUGCCGAAGGUUGUCGCAUCGCUGGCUGUGCACUGCUGGGAGGAGAGACUGCGGAGAUGCCGUCGUUCUACGCCAGCGGGGAGUACGAUCUGGCUGGCUUUGCUGUGGGCGCCGCAGAGCGCGAUCAGCUCAUCUUCGGCACGGACACCGCCCAGGCCGGUGAUGUCGUGAUUGGAGUGGCCUCUUCCGGCGUGCAUAGCAACGGAUUCAGCCUGGUGCGCCGCGUCGUCACCGACCGUGGUCUCUCCUACAGCGAUGCGUGUCCGUUUCAGGAAGGCACCACCCUCGGUCGAGCGCUGCUGGCACCCACCAAGAUCUACUGCAAGCUGCUGCUGCCGCUGAUCCGCAACGGCAGCGUGAAAGCGUUUGCUCACAUCACCGGCGGCGGGCUCCUGGAGAACAUCCCGCGCGUGCUGAGCAAGGACCAAGCUGCCCACCUGGACGCGGCGCAAUGGGAUGUGCUGCCCGUGUUCCGCUGGCUUGCGACGUCUGGCGGCAUCGCGCCACGCGAGAUGGCACGCACGUUCAACUGCGGUCUCGGCGCGGUCGUCAUUACAUCGCCGAGCCGAGCAGACGACGUCAUCGCCGCGAUACGAAGCGGCGGCGGCGACCACGCGGCGUGGCGCAUCGGUCACAUCAAGUCGCGCGUGGAGAACACCGAGCAAGUUCUCAUCGACAAUAUCGACCGUCUGGUGGAGCCACUGUGCACACCACCUUCGCCUUCUGCUGCCAGCGGCACGCGCUCCACUCACGGAAAGCGCGUUGCCGUGCUCAUCUCCGGCAGUGGCACAAACCUGCAGGCGCUCAUCGACGACUUGAACAAGCCCAGCAGCCAGCAUGCACACAUCGUUCUCGUCAUCUCCAACAAGGACGGUGUGCGCGGUCUGGAGCGUGCGCAGAAAGCUGGAAUUCCCACUAAGGUCAUCUCUCAUAAGGGAUUCAAGGAUCGUUCAGAGUAUGAUGAGCUCCUACACCAAGCCCUUGUGGAGGCGCAAGCAGAGAUUGUGGUACUUGCCGGGUUCAUGAGGAUCCUCAGCGAACAGUUUGUGUCCAAGUGGAAAGGGCGCAUGCUCAACAUCCACCCGUCGUUGCUGCCCAGCUUUCGCGGCCACACGGCCCACGAGCAAGUGCUGGCUUCCGGCGUGCGCCUCUCCGGCUGCACGGUUCACUUUGUCGAGGCGGAGGUGGACGCCGGCGGAAUAAUCGUUCAGGAGUGCGUGCCAGUGCUGCCCGCAGACACGCUGGAGGCACUGCAGGACCGCGUCAAGGCCGUAGAACACAAGGCGUAUCCGGAGGCACUGCGCCUGCUGGCCACGGGUCUCGUGCGCCUAGCUGACAAUGGUCAGGUGGUGUUCACAUAGUACAGUUGUAGCGUGUGCCUUUUUUCUUUUCUUUUUUCUUUUCAUGAAACUGAUACGUGUACAUAAAAUGUAUGUACCGUCAGAUCUUAAUAACCCUGAGGCUGAUACCCCUUGAUCCUGCCAAGAGCGACAUAUUCCGGAUAUGCUGUACUAUUUUUCGUGUUUUACUUUCAA